AUGAUUAAUUGGAUGAAAAUUCCAAAUGCUGUACGUAGGAUAAUUAAAUCAACAAAAGGUGAUCAAAAAUUAAAUGAAAAUGAUAUAUUAAAUGAAAAUACCUCUUUGGGUGUCUCUAAAAAUUCUCCAACAGAUAGUAGUUUUUCUUCUGAUUCCAAUAGUUUAAGUUCUUUAAAUACUUAUGAGACUGAUGAUUCAUAUGUAGAAGAAAGUUCUCCUUCUGACAUCACUGAAACAAAUAGUUCAUCAUAUGAUGAUGAGGAGAUGUUUAUUAAUGGAAAAGAAAUAGCACCAAGGUUAUUUAUUAUUGAUAAACUUGGUAAAGGUGGAUUUGGUGUGGUUUAUAAAGUUUGUCAUUUAAACAAUAGGAAUGAAGAAAAAUAUUACGCUAUGAAAGUAUCUUCAAAAAAUAAUCGCCUAUAUGAUAUUGAACAUGAAAUUUUUGUACUUAAUAAUUUGAAAGAAAGUCCAUAUUUUUGUAAGACUUAUAUUUUUGGAAAAUUAUUUGGUAGAACAAUAAUUGUAAUGACAUUGCUUGGUAAUACUUUAAAUGAAAUUAGAAAAAAACAAAAGUUUUCUUCAUUUAAUAUAUACACCACUGCAGCUCUUGGUUUACAAUGCCUUGGAGCUAUUGAACAUCUUCAUCAGAAAUUUUUCCUUCAUAACGAUAUCAAAGGCCACAAUUUUGCAACUGGUGUUGGUGGAAAUUUAAAAAAUAUAUAUCUUUUUGAUUUUGGAUUAUCUGAAAGUUUGGUAAUUAUUAAUAGAAAUAAAGAUGAAUAUGCUUUUAAAUCAGAAAUUAGAACAAAGAAAUUUUCUGGAACUCAUAUUUAUGCAUCUCCUUAUCAUAAUCAUGGAUAUACAAGAAGUUUUAGAGAUGAUUUAUUUAGUUUCUUUUACAUGUUAGUAGAAUUUUAUAAAGGUACACUACCAUGGCGUAAUUUACCAUCUUUUUUGUGUGGUUUUUUUCAAAUACGUUUUGAAAACAAAAUGCUUUCUCAUUUACCGUUAGAGUUUUUACAUAUUUAUAAGUAUAUAAGAUCAUUACAAUUUGAUGAUAUGCCAGAUUAUGAAAUUAUAAGAGAUUAUCUUACUAUUAUUAUUGAAAGAUAUAAACGAUUAGGACAUGGUGAUCCAUUUGAUUGCUUUAAUAUUGAAUAA